GAUAUCUAGCAGGUUGGGAGUUAUAUUAUUUCCCUUAGAGCAUUUGGAGGUCCUAUAUCAAGGGGACCUGCUGCCCACUUCCACCUGGUGGCCAGGAAGUGGGGGACACAUGGUGCUGCCUCAGCACCCGUUUCUUUGGGGCUGCUGGGAGGAUGCUCAGAGAGGACAAGGAGCCUGCCUGGGUCACACGGACAGCAGCCAGAGUCCAGGCCAUGGGGAAGCCUUUGCCUGGCCGGCCCUGCUCUCCGAUGGGUCAGGCUGGCCUGGGCUGUCUUUGCCUGGCCCUGGCCCCUGUCCUACCCUGGGUGCUGAGCACCAGCCAUGGCCCCUGGCCUCUUUGUGCACAGACUGCAGCCAACCUGAGCUGAAUGAGGGCACAGGGCAGGAGGGAAGGGGUGAUUCGGCAGGGGCCCGGCCCUACUCCCCGCCAUCUCUGCCUGGAGACAGCCUCCCUGGCCACCCCACCCCCACUGCCAGGCCGGCUUGGGCUCCCGCCAGCAUCCACAACAUCAAUAUUUCAUCUGCGUCAAUAAGAGGCAGUGCCGGGCAGCAGGGACCGGGCUGUGGCUGCACUCGAGCCAGCUCCAGCCCACAGCUGAGGGAGCCAUUGUCUCCAUCCUCGCCUGCACCAUGGAUGUCUUCAAGAAGGGCUUCUCCAUCGCCAAGGAGGGCGUGGUGGGUGCCGUGGAAAAGACCAAGCAGGGGGUGACAGAGGCCGCUGAGAAGACCAAGGAGGGGGUCAUGUAUGUGGGAGCCAAGACCAAGGAGAACGUAGUGCAGAGCAUGACCUCAGCGGCCGAGAAGACCAAGGAGCAGGCCAAUGCCGUGAGCGAGGCCGUAGUCACGAGCGUCAACACCGUGGCCACCAAGACAGUGGAGGAGGCAGAGAACAUUGUGGUCACCGCCGGAGUGGUGCGCAAGGAGGACUUGGAGCAACCUGCACCUGCUCAGGAGGACCAGGCAGCUGCAGAGGAAGGAGCAGCUGAGGAGGCCAAGAGUGAGGGAAAAUAGAUGGCUGCUGUGGCCCCCGGAGGCCCGAGGACAUCCCUCUGCCUCGGAUGUCCCUCUGCCUCGGACCUGUGCUCUCCCAUCGCCAGUGGCACCCCUGGCCCCACAGCUGCCAUCACCCUGUCCACCACGUGCCACCAUUGUGUCACCUCCUGCCUUCGGCCCCUCUGUCCACUGGUCCUUCUAACCCUACAGGUCAAAUGCUGCUGUGAAUUCUUUUUUCUUUUUAAAAAAUGAUUUCAAAUAAACCAUGCACCUCUUCCCUUCA